UUUAAUCACUUUGUACUUUUUAAAUCUCUCUAAAAAAAAUUAAAUGGCAGAUAACUCUCAGAAAAUGGCUUACCAUGUUGGAGAAGCCAAAGGCGAAGCUCAGGAGAAGGCGAGCAAUCUGAUGGAUAAGGCAGGCGAUGCAGCCCAAUUAGCCAAGGAAUCAAUGCAAGAGACUGGACAACAAAUGAAGGCCAAAGCACAGGAUGCAGCUGAUGCUGUCAAAGAUGCUACUGGCACGAACAAAUGAAGUUUUUGUGUUUCCACACUUUCUUUUUAAUACUAUUAUUUUUAAAGCACAGGGUAUUUCCAAC